AGAUGUCAAAUGACUUUCUCAGAAUCACACAGCUAGAAAACCUCUGAGGCCAAAUUUGAAGUGAGAUCUUCCUAGCUCCAAGUCCAGUGUCCUAUCUAAGGUACUACCUAACUGCUGAAAAUCAAAAUAAAAAUAAAAAGCCAUUUUAAUGUGCACCAAUAGGGAGAUUUUAGAAGAAAUCAAAGGAAAUUUGGUUGCACAGCAAUUUCUUUCCAUUCCCUCAUCUGAUCCCACAGGAAAACAAUUCCAGAAACACCCUCCUAUGGAGGAAUGGAAUCAAACUACCACUGGUUUCUUCUUACUGGGACUGUUUCCCCCAACAAAAACUGGCCUGCUCCUCUUCCUCCUUGUUGUUCUCAUCUUCUUAAUUGCCUUCUUGGGUAACUCAACCAUGAUUCUCCUCAUCUGGAUGGAUCACCAUCUCCAUACUCCUAUGUACUUCCUACUCAGCCAGCUCUCCCUCAUGGAUCUCAUAUAUAUUUGCAGUACAGUUCCCAAGAUGGCCGUCAACUUCCUAUCUGGGGACAAUUUCAUUUCUUUGGUGGCUUGUGGAUUCCAAAGUUUUUGUUUUUUAGUCAUAGCAGCUGGUGAAGGGUUACUCUUGGCCUCCAUGGCCAUUGACCGUUAUGUAGCCAUUUGCCGUCCCCUCCAUUAUCCUAUUCUCAUGAACAAGAGAAUGUGUUUGCUGAUGAUUGCUGGGUCCUGGGUCUCUGCAUCCAUCAAUUCCAUUUUCCAUACAGUGUAUGCACUCUGUAUGCCCUAUUGCAAGUCCAGAGUCAUUAACCAUUUUUUCUGUGAUAUCCCUGCCAUGGUGCCUCUGGCCUGUAUAGAUACCUGGGCCUAUGAGUACACUGUGCUCUUCAGCACCAACUUGUUUCUUUUGGUCCCUUUCAUUGGUAUCAUGGCUUCCUAUGGCCGGGUUCUCUAUGCUGUUUACCACAUGCACUCAACACAGGGGAGGAAGAAAGCUUUCACGACUUGUUCCACCCACCUGACUGUGGUCAGCUUCUACUACGCCCCAUUUGUGUACACAUAUCUAAGGCCCCCAUCUCUGCGCUCUCCAGAAGAGGACAAGAACUUGGCUGUCUUCUACACCAUCCUCACCCCCAUGCUUAACCCCAUCAUUUAUAGCUUGAGGAAUAAAGAGGUUCUGGGAGCUUUCCAGAGAGUCCUUGGAAGAUCCUUACCCCAAAAAGAGUAG